GAUGCGACUUAUUAAAAAAUAAAUUAUAUAACGUAUUGUAUAGUAAAGUUGGACAAACAUAUCUGGACGACGAUUAAUCCUGCCAGAAUUUACAAAUGUAUAAUCUAGUUAUAGUCAAACAAGGAUGUCUAGACCGAUGAGGGUGCCGCUGCUAUCUGUUGCUUCUAACAUAGAUAAUGACAAAGGAGGGCACUAGUGAGUUAUUUUUUAGUUUUAUCGCCGGGUCAGAAUUGUCGGUGUAUAGGCGUCGAAAAUAACAAAGACAAAACGUAAUAUAGAACGGCUUUUUAUCUUGUCCAGCGAGAGAGGUGCUCCUAAUUGUUUUGUUAUCCGUGUAGGUCUUUAGUCAAAUAAGAAUGUAUCUCGGUAAGAGGGUCGCUCCUAUAGGAUGGUACUGUCAGAAAACAUGUAAACCUACAUAGAAAUAAAAAUGGCAUAAAAGAAAAAAAAUGACAUGACACACAGAAGGGAAAGGAUAUUAAGAACUCGGUAGAAUGGCGCUAGUGACGAUCAUAAACAAAAGAAGGGGAAAUAUCCUCUUUAUGUGCGUCUCUUCGAUUUAGGGUAAGCAUCUGCAAUUUCCGAUGCCUAUAGGCAGCGUUCUCUUCGCUAUUUCGGCGGAUUCAGGUGGUCGCUUGUACGUUUGCCACUUUAUAAUGUAAAAAAACGCCCACCAAGUCAGAUAUCCUUGUCGGUCUAUGGCUAUUUUAAUUUAUUUUCACUUGCCCGCCGGGCCAGAUAAAUUUGUCCAAUAUUAAGCUAUUUUAGGUGGCGCUAAGUGACAUCAGAUUACAACAUUUUUAAAUAUCGCGACGUUAUAGAAGAAAACGCUGUCGAAAUACUGUUUUGAGUACAUAAAGAUAUACAAAGCGUUUCAAAUAAGAAAGUGCGUGUGAGGAUCUGUUAAGUAGAUUGUUAAAAUAAUGUUUACAUUCAAAUAGAAUGUAUCGGAAUUAGAGACCAAGGAGGUUUGGUUCGCUGCGCCAUAGUAGUAAGUAAAUCAUAAUCUCCGAUUAAAAAACUACGCAUUGUUGUUACAGUCUGUACUUGUGUAGGUAUUUUUGAUGAGUAGAGGUUACAGGUGCACAGGUUUUUAUUUGAAACGCAUGGUAUUUGUGAUGCAGGUUCAAUUCAUCUUCAUUGUAAUUUAGCCCGGUCUAGGAAAUAAAUACAUCUAUUACAUAUAACAUGAUUUACAAAAUAUACUCUACAGCAGUUUAUUCCGUGACAUAAAUAAAAAAGUCAACUAUUAAGGAAUUACAGUUUAAUUGCUCACAAAAGUAAACAAAAUUUAAUUUUUUUCCAUCAAACCUUCUCAUUUAUCUAAACUUUUGCUGGUAAAUAUUUUUAAAGGUUUUGCGAAUUAUCCGUUACUCUUUUUUUAAAGUUUUUUGAUACCUGCUGUGAUAUAAAUUAUGCGUUUAAAAAGAUUAAUCGCAAUCCUAGAUAACUUGCUUUCAAACAAUUAAAAAGCGGGCGUCCUAAAAUUUAAACAGAGUUAUUAUUAUUACAGAAGGCCGAGGAAAGUACGGGGUUAAAUUAAAUGUAGUAUUCAAUAAAUUAUUCUGUAUUUCCUUCGGUGUAACACGCUGACACUGUUCCAUACUUAAAGUUGUACCGAUGUCGUCACCAGCGCUUGCUUCACCCGAAAAGGGUUCAGAAAGUAUGGAUAUUUCGACGUCGGAAAAUAGAAGUAGCAAAGGGGACGUCGAACCCGUGAGUGCUGUUUUCCUUAAGUUUGAUCCUGAUAUCACCAAAAUGAAAUCACCGGUCCAGAAAUCGUUCGACAACGCAAUUACCCGAUCAUCGUUAUCUUGUCGUGAUGGAUUCUCUUGCGUAAUAUCUAUGCAUGAUGGUGUGGUCAUGUAUACAACUUCAUCACUCACCUCAACGCUCGGCUUCCCAAAGGAUAUGUGGGUUGGCCGAUCUUUUAUAGAUUUCAUUCAUCCGAGGGACCGUAGUGUCUUCGCUUCGCAGAUAACUAACGGCUUAGCGGCACCGAAAAAUGUAAAUGGUACGCAAGAAAAAGUGCCAGAAAAAGAAAACUUAGUAUCAUCUAUGGUUUGCCGUAUCAGACGAUAUCGGGAUUUGGCUUCGGGUUUCGGAGUCAAGAAUAAUUCUGUUGUAUACAUGCCUUUCCUCUUGAAGUUAUCUUUUAAAAAUGCCAAUAACGAAAAAGUCAAUGAUGUAUACCUAGUUAUACAGGCGUCGCCAUUUUUCUCGGCAUUUAAAAUACCAAACGAGGUGGUAACCAAACCAAUACUAUUCAUAAUUCGGCAUGCUGCUAACGGCAAUCUGGAAUACUUGGACCCUGAAUCAGUGCCCUAUUUAGGUUAUUUACCUCAAGAUGUUACUGACAAGGAUGCAUUGCAUCUUUAUCAUCCCCAUGAUUUGGUCUAUUUGAGGCAGAUUUAUGAAACUAUUGUAAAAGAAGGCAGGGCACCGAGAUCAAAGCCAUACAGGAUGAGGGCACAAAAUGGUGAUUUCGUAAAACUAGAGACGGAAUGGUCAUCAUUCAUUAAUCCGUGGUCGAAGAAACUUGAGUUCGUUAUCGGAAAGCAUUAUAUAAUUGAAGGUCCUUUAAAUCCUGAUGUGUUUGAAUCACCUGAUCCUGAACGAGGUCAAAUUUUCUCCGAAGAAGAUAGAUUAAAUGCUCAAUCUCUUAGAGAUAGUAUUAUUAAAAUUUUAAACGAGGUACUGACUAAGCCCGCUGAAGCCGCAAAGCAACAGAUGAGCAAAAGAUGCCAGGAUAUAGCUAAAUUUAUGGAAAGCCUUCUGGAAGAUCAGCCAAAGAAUGAUGAUGAUAGUCGCGUAGAAAUGCAAGAUCCAGAUCUCAGUUAUUACGAACGUGAUUCAGUGAUGCUGGGAGGUAUAUCUCCUCACCACGAUUAUAACGACAGCAAAUCGAGUACUGAAACUCCAGUCAGCUACAAUCAGCUUAACUACAACGAUACAUUGCAAAGGUAUUUCGAGAGUCAUCCAUCGAGUUCGUACGAAGAGUACAAUACUGUGACCGGUGAAAAUGUUUUGGGAAUGCAGGACCCGAUUACAAAGGAGCGUAUAACACCACCGACGAUUAUAGUAGAUUUUGUUGAUGAUGAUGGAAAACCAACGAAGGGUGAUGAAAAUAAUCGAAACUCUAUUGGAGAUUAUCAGCCGAUUCGACUCACGGAAUCCGUUUUAUCAAAACAUAAUGCGGUAAUGAUUAAGGAACUUGUAAAGAUACAUCGAGAAAACCGCUCUAGUAAGGGUGACAAAGAGAAGCAUUCUAAUGAAACUAGACAGAAGAAGAAAGAGCAUUUAGCUAGAUGUAACGCUUCUUAUCAACCGACAUCCGCUGGAGUGAACAUUACUAUGUCACAACCGCAAGGAGUGAAACGGUCUUCAAAACAAAUUGAUCUUGAAUCCGUAGCACAUAAGCACCAUUGUACCACUCCACGACAAACCCGUCGCAAACAACCUAUAACAACAAUGCCGCAUACUAUAACAACACCGGCGACAACCAUUGCUCCAACAGCCUGGACGUCAAACCCCAUGAACGCGUAUAUCUUGGGCGUUGGAAUACCGCAACAAAUGUCAAUCGUCAGUCCCGUAGCCGCUAUGCCAGGUAUGUUUCCAAUGCACUACAUGCAGCCACAUGUACCGCAAAUGCAACCAAGUACAUCUACAAGCAAUGCAGUGCCUGGACCUAGCAUGGGACAACAAUAUCAAGAACCACCAAUGCAAGGAAUGAUGUACGGCCAAGCAAUGUACGGAUCGCCGUUUAUGUACUCGCCUAUCAAUCCGCAAGUUACGUACCCAGUGGCACAAAACUUUGUACCAUCGCAUGGAGUCCAAUAUGUAAACCACUUAAAUGCACUUGACUUAGGGGACCGCAAUUAUGUGGAGGCGUGUAAGACAAGGUUGCCUAUGAAGAGCGGGAAAACAAACUUUGGAUAUAACAGGAAGGGAAGGAAACGAGAAAAUCAAGGAAAUGUUCAAGGAAGCUUAUUGAGUAAUUCUUCAGCGAACGCUUCAUACAUGGACUCGAGCGCUCUAAGUAGCGAUAAAAGUGGGAUCAGAAAAUCGCCGGAUAAUUCAUCAGACUUCAGUUUCUUCAGGACCAGUUUCAGUGUAAAGAGUGUAAAGGCGGUACAUGACAUAACGCAAAAUGAUGUAUCUCAACCUACUAGACCUACCAAUAGCGAGGGAACGAUAGAGAAAACUGACGAAGAUUCAAGUUAUUCGUCGUUUUAUUCAUCUUUCUUUAAAACUGAAUCCGGAAGCGCCGAAGAAAGUAAUGAUACUAAAAAGCGCGGUAAAGAAAGUAAAAGCGCUUGCGAUUCGGGAAGUAGUUAUCCAGGAUAUAGUAAGGCGCCAGCGAAGAAAGGACCCCUAAGGAAAAUGCAACCACCGUGGAUGGAACAUGUGUGCGUUACAUCCGAGCUCAUUUACAAAUAUCAAAUUCAAACUAAAAGCAGGGAGGAAGUUUUGUUGUCUGAUAAGCUGAAAUUAAAGCAAUUGGAGCAGCCAUCAUUAGUGAACGAGCAAUUAGGUCAGUUAUAUCUGGACCUUCAGUUAGAAGGUGUAGCAUCAAGGUUGACACUUGAAGAGGGUAUCACGAGUUCCAGUAGUUCGGGCGAAGAGAAUUUUGUGGGAGUUUCUAAGUCACAAAAGAAGAAACGCGAGUACAGCAAACUGGUGAUGAUAUUCGAAGAGAACGCACCCCUCCCUCCCCCGGAUUCUCCCCCAGCAGCUUCAGUGUCGUAACAUUGUGACAAUUAUGUCACCGGUAAAAUUUCUGUCAAUAAUUGACGCACAAAUGUUAGAAAUUGAAAUAAUUUUGACUCAUGUGUGAUAUGAGUCGGGAUAUGUCUGGAUAUUACGACGCAAUUCCUAAUAAUACUGUCGGGUUUAAUUUUUUUGACAAGAAUUAUCAACUUUUUGGGAAAAUUUAAGAAUGUUGACGGUUGAAAAAACAGUCAAUAAUUGUUGAACAACUAACACUCGUAAAGACAUUUGAGCAAAAAACAAUAUUUUUGAUAUAUGUAUGUUAAGUAAUUUUAGAUAUGUUCUUUGAAUAUUAAAAUU